UGGUGGUGUUUUUUAAAAAUCUGGUCCAGGAUCGCUGGUUUGUUCGGGCUGUUUUGUGCAGGUUUGUGUCGCUGGCGGAGGAGGCGGAGCCCCGAGGAGCGUCGCUUGGUCGGACGUCCUUCUCAACUGACUGUACUCCCUCACCAAACAGGACAAGCCUAAAUAACUUAGAAAUCUCUGCGGGGUGGGGUGGCGAAAGCUUCCCUUUCCGAAAAGAUACAUUUUUUGAAGUUUGAUUUCUGUAAUCUGCGUAAUUUGAGCGAGAUUAAGCGACGCUGAGGUGGGCCACCUGAUCCAGGGAGAGGGAUUUAUUUUCCUUCUGCAUUCCUGAUGGAGUCGUACAGGGUGACUGGCAUUCCCAACAGUGGACUGCAGCGGGGCUACACUCAGCCCGCUCGCUCCUCAAGAGCUCACAAUAAUGGAGCUGGCACUUAUGGCCUCAGCAUCCGCGUCCAAGGUAUAGAUGGACACCCCUAUGUAGUUCUGAACAACCAAGACAGGGGUACUCAGUCACAUAUCGACCCUAACAGUAAUGGGUACAUCGACACAGACGGCUCUUUCAUCGAAAAUUACCAGGAAUAUGACUUCAGAGGAGGCAAGGAGGCCGGUUCUAACAGCCCCUUCAUGGAGUACAGGUCUCAGAAGAUGAUGCACCAUAGCGGCCAUCAAAAUGGUGUUGCAGAUUCACAAGGAAAGAAACCAUCCACGCUUCUGAACUUUCAGAAGCACCCAGAGAUCCUGCAGCCGUAUGACCCUGAGAACAACUCCCUGAACCUCGACGGGUUCCGCAGCCUGCCGUCACGGCCUCUCUCUCUGUCCGAGACCGGGAACCAGAACCAGGCGUCCUCUCCCACAUCUGCUGCACCUGUGGUCUCCCACACCAAGUCCUCAAGCCUUGACCGGAAUAAAGUUCCUGCACAAGAGGAAAAAACACACCUUCCAUCCCAGAGCCAGACGGAGACUGGCCUCUCUAAGCCGAAAAACAAGCAAGCACAGCCCCCGUCCUUGGUUCCUGCCCAGGUCCCUCAGCCUCAGACUAGACAAGAACCCCAGGUGGCUCAGCCACAGUCCAAACCUCGCACCACCAACUCGAAUCCACCUCAGACCAAGCCAGUGUCAAAACCUCAGCCUCAGCACCAGGUAAUGCCUCCGUCCCAGCCUCAGCCCUCCACAGUGUCAAGUCCUGCAAGCGAGCGAAGCAAGACGUCCUGCCGAUCCCCCAGUUCUGUAAGCAGCGCCAACUCUAGCCUUGAGCGCACCCGCCGUGAGCCCGAUGUCCUUCCUCUACGCAGGACUGACUCCAGCGGGCCAGUUCUUCAGUCGCCCUCCCGCUCCCGCCACCUCUCCUCGCCCUCCACCAACACUCCUAAAGCCGUGACAGAUGACCAGGUGGAGGCCCUGUAUGCAGACACCAUCAAUCGGCAUCAGAACCGCCGGUACAUCCCUUUCCUCCCCGGUACAGGCCGAGACAUAGACACAGGCUCUAUUCCUGGUGUUGAUGAGCUAAUUGAGAAGUUCGAUGGUAAAGAUGGCAGCCAACAGCGGAGAGGCAGGGCAGGGCGCAGGAACAGGAUCAGUCAAGAAGACAGGAAACGCUCUCGCAGUGUGGAUAGCGCCCUGCCAUUCGGCCUGCGAGAACGCUCCAACUACAUGGAUGAGUUUAGCAGGAGCCAGGGCACAUCGAUGGAGCAUGUCCUUCGGCCCUCACAGCUCCGGCUGCAGAAGACAGCGGGCAGUCAAGACUCCUGGGUGAUGUCCGUGGAUGGUAGGGCCAGCUCCAGGGCCUCCUCUCGUGGUGCCAGUGCUCCUGGCUCCCCGCAGAGUACUAUCUCUACAGGGGUCGGCUCCAUCCAGGGAUACAAAAAGCCACAGACUCGCUCCUCUUCUCUGAGUAAAGACAGUGUAGAUGGCGCCCCUUCAUCUGGCAAGGGUUUGCUGAAUGUUACAACGUCCCUGUCGAAACCAUCCGCCUCCUCAGGCAAAAGCCCGAGCACAGACACAGAUGUUCAGGCGACACCUGAUCUUCUAAAAGGUCAGCAGGAGCUUUCACAACAAACACAUGAAGAGACAGCAAAACAGAUAUUGUUUAAUUACCUCAAGGAUGGAAGCAACGAUAACGAUGACACCACCAAGAGAAAGGUCAACCUUGUCUUUGAGAAGAUUCAGACGUUGAAGUCGCGGGCCUCAGGGAGCGUCCAGGCCGACAACAAAUCCCUUGACCUUGCUGCCCAGACCAAAGCACUGCAGGAACAGAAUGCUAAGCUGGAGGGGGAAAUAUCUGAGCUGAAGGGACAGCUUGAGGAACAAAGCACGAAGAGUCAAGCAGAGGCCGCGAAGAAGACGGCGGCGGGUUUGAAGGACCUGCAGAAGGAGCUGGAGCAGAGCGAGGAGGAGUGCAAGCGUCUGAAGGAGAAGCUGGCCAAAACUGAGGCUCAGCUCCAGACCACACUAGAGGAGCUGUUCCAGGUGAAGAUGGAGAGGGAGCAGUGCCAAACGGAGAUCAGAGACCUGCAGGACCAGUUGUCAGAGAUGCACGAUGAGCUGGACGUUGCCAAGAAGUCAGCCGCCGACGGAGAGAAAGACUCCAUUAUGGCGGACCUGAUGCAGCUGAAGGUGGAGAUGCAGGAAGUCCUCCUGGCCAAGGAGGAGCAGGAGGAGGUGCUGAGGAGGCGCGAGAGGGAGCUGACGGCUCUGAAGGGAGCCCUGAAGGAGGAGGUGGCCACUCACGACCAGGAGGUGGACAGGCUGAGGGAGCAGUAUGAAAAGGAGAUAAGCAGGCUGCAGACGUCUUUGGACGAGGCCAAACAGAGCAGCGCAGCAGCAGUCCGUGAGAAGGCCGAUGUGGAGGCGGCUAAGGGCGCAGCGGAGGGUCAAGCGGGACGGCUCACCCAGGAGGCCGAGCGGCUGCGCAAGCGGGCGCAGGAGCUGGAGAACGAGGUGGCCAAGCUCAACCGGAUCAUCGACGAGGCCAAGCUACAGGAGAGCAGGCUGGGGGACAGAGCCGGCAGACUGGAGAGAGAAAAGAGGCAGUUGGAAGAGUCUUUGGCUGAAAUCAAAGAGCAAGAAGAGGAGAUGUCACGUGCCAACCGGGCUUUGACCGUGAGGUUAGAGGACGUACAGAGGAACUUGACCAAACUGAACAACGAACACCGGGAGCUGGAGGAAAGGCUUCAGGAAGAGAAGAUUCAGAAGGAGCAGUUCAAGAACACCAAGAAUGAGAUUGAGGAUGAGAGGAGGUUGCUGGACCGAACAGUGGAAAAACUUCAGAGGGAGAUGAAUGAGAUUGUGGAGGCAUCCCAGUCGUCCACCCAGGAGCUGCAGGAGCAGAUUGAUAUUUACAGGGAGAAGAACCGUCGGGAGCUGGCCGAUCUGCAGAGGCAGCUGAAGGAGCGCGGCCAGGAGCUGGAGAAGUCUCGUCUGGCUGCGAAGAGCAUCCAGGAAGAGCUGUUGCUCCGGGACGAGGACCUGCGGCAGUGCAAGAGGGAGCGGGAUGAUGCUGUGCUCAGGGAGAGGAGUCUGGAGAAGAGGGUCUACGAUCUGGAAGUUGAGGCUGAGGCAAACGCCCACACUAAAGAUGACAAAUCCCGACAACUCAAACUCAUGGAGGACAGGAUCGCCCAGCUAGAGCUGGACCUGGACGAUGAGCGCCAGAGUGGAGACCAGCUGAUGGACAGGAUAGACCGAGGGAGGGAGCAGGUGGAGCAGAUGAGGAAUGAACUCCUGCAGGAGAGGGCUAGCAGACAGGACCUGGAGUGUGACAAGAUGGCUCUGGAGAGACAGAACAAAGACCUGAAGGGCAGAGUGGCCCAUCUCGAGGGCUCCCAGAAGUCUAACAAAGAGGGCCUGGUGGCCCAGCUGGAGAGCCGCAUACAGGAGCUGGAGGAUAGGCUCGAAGGAGAGGAAAGGGAUCGUGCCAACCUGCAGCUGGUGAACCGCAGGCUGGAGAGGAAGGUGAAGGAGAUGAUGAUGCAGGUCGAUGAAGAGCAUCACUCAAUGCAAGACCAGAAGGACCAGUUGAAUCUGCGUCUCAAGGCCCUGAAGAGGCAGAUGGACGAGGCUGAGGAGGAGAUCGACCGGCUGGAGCACAGCAAGAAGAAGCUGCAGAGAGACCUUGACGAGCAGCAGGAGGCCAACGAGCAGCUCCAGAGCCAGCUCAAAGCUCUGCGCAGCGAGAUGAGGCGUAAGAGCAACUCGGCCCCCCUGCUCAACAACCUGGACGACGACGACGACGAUGACAUCAGCACCGACGGCGAGACGUACUUCAGCUCGUCGUCUGGGUACAAGCGCUCCUCGAGCCAGGACAACGUCAUAUCCACCUUCACUCUGUAAACCAGCGCCGAGGCCGCGCCUGGAGCUGCUGUACGUGCAUAGCUGUCGGACCAAAUGGCUGGAAAAAAAAACCCCUUAUGAGACGAGCACGUUCGUUCCAUAAUGUGCUUUCUGACGAUUUUAUUACACUGAAACAGCUGUGUGAAUAUUCGGAGACUCGCUGCCCAGGAGGAGUUUAGAAAUAAUGUUUGCUUAACGUGAAAAUCCACCUCAAAAUAGAAUUCACGUCAUUGCCGUGUUCUGUCCCUGCAUCAAACAAAAAAGCAAAAAAAACAAACCUCUUUCAACAUGAACAACUGUAAGAUUAUUGACUGACAUUGUCAAGGGUCUUGAGUCAUUUUUCUAGGUUUGUUUACAUUCCAAUAUGAAGUCUUAGCGAGCCAACGUGGCAGAAUAAAUAUGUGAAUUCUCUUCUAAGUGGAUUUUCCCUUGUUAAUUAAUGAAUUAUCCAUGCUUGUCAACGAUUAAUCCAUUUAAACGCACCCUUUAAUGCACUGUAAAAGAACACAUAACCAGUACUGCCUUUAUGAACAAUAUGAAGUUAUUAACCCCUAUACUUGUUGUGCUUAUCAAAUUAUGCAAAUAUGUUGCAUUUGCGUGCAUACGAUACAAGCUUAUUACUAUUUGAGUAUUCGUUUUUUUUUUGUAUUAUUCCUUCAGAUAAAUUGUAUUUACUUUUGUAAUGAAUGAAUGAAUCAAAUCCCAUUAUAUGACAUGCCAGGAAUUAAACACAUUCAGCCAAAAUAUUUUUAUUUAUUCACGGUUGAAUAUAUAUAUUAUUAAAAAAAAAAAAAAAAGAAAGAAAGAAAGAACAAAAAAGAAAAACCUGGCUCAUUGAGGUUUUUAGGUAACUAUAUGA